CCUGAGCUAGAUGGAGAUGAUGUCUUUUCUUCUCUUCCCUAACGUACCUUCCGUGACAGCUUUUUGUGGCCCAUCCUCAUAUGUCCCUCUGCCAGCCGGGAAGAAUCCUGGCUGGGAGCUGAGGCUUGUUGCAGUGGUUUAGGGAGCAACCUACAUUUUUUUUUUUUUUUUGGUUUGGUUUGGUUUCGGCUGUUUGUUCAGUUGACUCCUAUGACAGAGUCUGACGCAGGAGCUACUGUUUGUUGUUUCUUUUCUUUAACAUCUUUGCCUGUGGAGUGGGGCCAAGUUCUGAUGUGAGUAUCCAGUAGGUUGAGAUUUCCUCUUCACUGAACUGGUGUUGCAGAUGAUGAUGAGGCUGCCACGGUCAGAUCGGGUACAGAGCAUGUUCCUCCUGCUGAUGUUGAGCUUGGGAAAGCAGCUUCAUCAGACAGCAGCUUUAUUCACAGUGAUGGUCUCCCAGGAACUAUACACAGUAGACUACGGCAGCAAUGUGACCCUGGAGUGUAAUUUUGACACUGAAGGUCAUGUGGAACUCAAGGACUUAAGGGCCAGUCUGCAGAAGGUGGAAAACAAUACAUCUUUGCACAGUGAAAGAGCCACUUUGCUGGAGGAGCAUCUGUCUCUGGGGAAGGCCUUAUUCCACAUCCCUCGGGUGCAAGUGAGUGAUGCAGGACAGUAUCGCUGCCUGAUCAUCUAUAGGGUCGCCGGGGACUACAAGUACCUGACUCUGAAAGUCAAAGCUUCCUACAAGAAAAUAAACACUCAUAUCCUUAAGAUCCCAGGGGUAGAUGAGGUACAGCUCACCUGCCAGGCUGAAGGUUAUCCCCUGGCAGAAGUGUCCUGGCCAAACGUCAGCGUCCCUGCCAACACUAGCCACACCAAGACCUCUGAAGGCCUCUACCGGGUCACCAGUGUUCUGCGACUAAAGCCACACCCCGGCAGAAAUGUGAGCUGUGUGUUCUGGAAUGCUAACGUGAAAGAACUUACUUCAGCCGUCAUAGACCCUCAUGGUGACCUAGAACCCAAGAUCCCUUCAAAUUGGCUGCUUCCUGUCUUCAUCCCUUCCUUCCUCAUUGCUUUGAUUUUCAUAGCUACGAUGACAGCCCUAAGGAAACAGCUCUUCCAAAAGCUUUAUUUUAGAAAGGACACAACCAAAAGAUCGGUCACCACAGUAAGGAGGGAAGUGAACAGAGCUAUUUGAACCUGUGUUUUCAGGAGCUGGGGUGACCGGAUGGGACGUCCUCGAGAAUGUUCUGGACUCUGAACAAGAAUCCUCUGGCCUGCAUAGCUCGUUGUUUGCACUUGUCCAAUGCCUUUGUAGCUCCAGCACUGAAGAGGAGACCGCCAAGAGAGCGGGCAGCGCCUGGCCAUGGUGUGCUCAGAGCACGUCAGGCAGUCCGCCCUCCCCACAUCCAGGCACUCACCCCUGCAGCCUGUGACCCUAAGCAAGCACUACUGCACUUUAGAAAAUGACCGCCCCGGACCCGAGACCCCAGUGAGUGCUCUGCACUUCGUUCUUGCUGCCAGACUCAACACAAAGGGAGUUUCCCCCCUAAGUUUCCAAAGUGAUUUCCAGAAGCGGAGAUGAAUGGAAAUUUUCAGUUAUAGGAAAGGACGAAUUGCCAAUAGAGUUAUUUUCUCCACUGUUUCCUCUGGGUAUACUGGAAAAGCCUUUUGAGACCAUUAGAGUUUACACACAGUCAAGCCAUAAUUGACAAGUUAUGUGGCUUACUGGAAUCUUGACAUCUGAGUUGUUUAAUUAACAGAAAGCAUUUAAGUACACAGUGGGCGGCUACAAAUCGUGGAGAGAAGCCGUUGAGUAUUUUGUGAGGUCUGAAUCACAAAGCAUUUGUUUUAACCUGCCAUGGCACCAUGUUGGAUGAUUUUGUUUUAAACUACAUCUUUAAAAAGUUCUGUUUUCUUAACCUCAGAAACCAAUGGCAUACAUUAGAAAAAUUUAGCACGCUAGUAUGCUGUACCUGCAAAGAUUUCAGAUGGGUAUCCAUAAUGGUCAAAGUCCCAAACUAGGGCUCCUUUCCCGGCCCUCUCUGUGACUUUAAACUUAACCUUUCAGUGACUUGGUUCCAUGUCUGUCACACAGUGACACUCACGAGUCAAGGCCUUUGAUGGUUGGCACUUUAGAAACGCCGUGGAAUCCCUUCCGUGCGUGUCCAGGGUAACUGCAUGCGGCAACGGCAGGUUAACCAUGUGAAAUUUGGUCUGUGUACUGGGGCCAUGGAGUUCAGGGCACCUGCUGAUCUAUGAAGUAUCCAAAUGUGUACAUUAUCUAGAGCCGAGUCUUAGGUUAGCAGCUUAUCUUUCUCAGUUUUGAAUCAUGAGGAUUUGAGCACAUGUUACAUCUUCUCCUUAGACUCUAAGCUCCUGGAGGGCAAGGGGGGAGGAGGGGUUUGUCAGUCCUGCAGUCUGUUGCUUGGAAUAGAUGCCUCGUGCAUGAUUGGCUCUGAGACUCCUCAUGAUAUUGAAGAAAAUGGCCACUCGUGACAUCCUUACUUUUUAUGACAUUAAUAGGAUUGGCUAAAAGUAUGUAAAGGCAAUCCUUGAAACAAAAGAGCCAAAUGAACACUAAGUCUUUAAAAAAAAAAAAAAAGUACCUUUUACAAAGGGAACAAAAAUAGUAUUCGGGAGAGUUUGAGGAACUGAGAAAUGCCAAACAAGCAAAAACCACCUAUGAUGUCAUCAUCUCAGCACAAGUAUUUUCAUUUUUGCUGUUUGUAUUUGGUCCUUGUCCAGACAUGUAUGCGAUCUCAGCGAGAGUUGUAAUUUUCCAUCCUCUUUUCAAAUUUGUCAUUGUACCACAAGCUUACACCUAUAUUGUUGAUUAGUCCUCCUAAUGAUCACUUUUAAUGGGUGCUUGAGUCACAGAUCACAAUGAGAUGUGAUUAGGCACAAACUCUGUUCAUCACCUGACCACUAUAAGCCUCUCCUUUGACUAGUGGACCACAGGUGACAUUUGGGGUUCCUAAAGAUUUGUGUCAUUGCAGAGCAGCGUUCAGGAAUCCCUGAAAAGCCUGGGUAUUUCCACUUCCCCCAGUGCACAGACACCUUCAGGAAUGACUUCAAGUCCCCUUGGGGAUAGCUUGGAAGAAGAUCUACAGUACCCAUGGCAUUGUUGCGGGGUCCUUUCUAAGAAUUUGGGGAAGAAGCUGUGAUUCUCAGUUGUGAAAACUCAAGCCAGAUUUCUAUUCUAUAGAUCAAGCCAUGCUUUGGUAGGCCGGACAACUACUUAAUUCUUAGGGCCAGCCACUACUAAAGAUUUCCUGUAAGUAAAAAAAUCCGAUUGCUCUUCUGGGAUCUUAUCAUCUCAUUGAAGUCAGGAAGCCCGUAUCCGUGGUAGCAUUUCCUAUCAUCAUCUUUGUCCUACAGAAAACAGCCGUCUGGUGGCACCCAAGGUUGUGGGGCUCCCUCACUAAUGCAUUUCUCAAUGCUUUAGUGAAGGGAAUAUCCCUUGGGCCCUUUCAAGGGGAGGAAAGAUGCACAGGUUACACAUAACAAAUUGCCCCAUUAUUCCUACCUCCUUAAGCCUUUGGGAUCGUUUCUGCCCAUUAUUCCAUAGAAAUUCUAUCAACUUGCAUCAUUGUUGUCCACAGGGGUCAGCCAACCAACUUAGUAAACACACCACUUCCAGCUGCUCAAACUAAUACAUUUGUCUCUGCUUGCUUUUGCUGUAUAACAAAACUUAGGGCUUAUGUUUAUCAUUUAUGUAUUUAUGAUUCUGUAGAUUAGCAACUUAGGCUGGGCUCGGCUGGGGCAACUCAUUUCUGCUUUCCAUGGCAUCAGCUGGGCUCCCUUGUGCGUUUGUGGUCAGUUGACAGAUUAUUUGGAGGAUGCUGGUCUUAGGUGACCUCGUUCACGUGACUUGGAGUUGGUGCUGGCUGUCGGUUGGGCCGUGUGUCUUCAGCAGAUUUGUCUGUGCUCUUUCAACAUGGAAGCGAGUCCAAAAGGAGCAAAGAGAGGGCAGACCCCAAUGUGCAAGUGCUUUUUAGGUUCCCGUCUGUAUCACACUUGCUAACGUCUCAUUGGCCAAAAGCAAGUGAAAUAGCUAAGCCAAAAUCAAUGUGGAAGGAAUUACACGAGGGCCUGAUACACAAAAUGGCAUGAUUCCCUGGGGCUAUUGCUGAAACAAUCUACAGUAGCAUUAAGUCCAAAAACCUAUGGAAAGUGUAUUAUAUCAGGGCUACCUAAGUUUGGCCCCAACCCAAUGUUGUAUUGUGUUCUCCUUGAUCGGAUACCCUUAGAAUCCAUCUCUACCUAUAUUGGGUUUCUUCCAGCAUGAAUUUAACAAAACCUUGUGAUUCUUUUGGAGUAAAGCCUUUUCCUCCAGAG